AUGCAACAUCCUAUCUAUCUAUCUAUCUAUCUAUCUAUCUAUCUAUCUAUCUAUCUAUCUAUCUAUCUAUCUAUCUAUCUAUCUACCUCUAGAGUCCAGGUAAAGCAUAUGCCGUCUGAACCUAACAUUGCGUUGUCGUGUUCAUCCCCAAGAGACUCGGAGCGCGACGACUCCUAA